AGGUAGAUCAGCCAGUACCAAGGCGGAGGAUUAUUGAUCUAAGGCUUACACUAGGGAAACAACUGGUGUGAAGAUUUCUUGUCUUUAGUUCACUUUUUAUUUUCUUCUUUUAUCUGGAUGCUGGACAGCGAAUAUAGAGACAAAGUGACUUUUGCUUAGUCACUGAAGAGCACUUCACUUCUGUUUUUGAACUCAUGCUGUCAAUGGAGAGGAUCUGUUCAGGUGGAUGAAUGUAAAAACUUGCCUUCAGCGUUCUGUUUAAGUUAUAUAUUGUCAUUGACAUGUAGAAACUGUGAAAAAAGACAAUAUUCUGAGGGAAAAAGGAAAAUCUCAAGGAUCAAGAUGUACAACUUACACAGUUUACUUUGCCUGGGAGUGCUGAUAAUGAUGGUGGUCGCAAACAAGAUGCUGGAUGACUGUUUGGAAGUAAGGCGUAAAUAUACCAUGAACGUUGUGCUGCUGGAGGACAACACUUAUAAGUGGAGUAUGCCGUUUGUGAAGGCAGCUGUGGAACGAGCCAUUGCAGAGGACAGUCUGGAGAACAAUGUUUUAGGCUUCAACCUGACAGCUAACUACAAUGAGUUCACUACCAAUGCGUACAAACGGCAGGGCUGUGGGAGCAGCACCUGUGAGGGAGUGGCAAUACUCAAGAGGCUGCAUAAUAAGGGUGAAAUUGGAUGUGUCAUGCUGGGGCCUUCCUGCACUUAUGCCACCUUUCAGUUAGUGGAUGAAGAAAUUGGCCUGAACCUGAGCAUUCCAAUCAUCUCUGCUGGGAGCUUCGGCCUUUCGUGUGACUAUAAACCCAAACUGACCCGAAUUCUGCCUCCAGCACGCAAGAUCUCAGACUUACUAUUCCACUUUAUGGAUGAAACCUUGCCAUUUAAGCAGCAUUGGGAGUAUGUCUAUGUCUACAAGAAGUCCAGCAACAUAACUGAGGACUGCUUCUGGUACAUCAACGCAUUGGAAGCAGCCUCUGCCAACUUUGCCUCAAAGACUGAGAGACAGAUGCUGCGUGGGGAGGACGAGUUGAAGUCUGCCCUCAACUCUAAGAAAAGACACAGCAACAUUUUCAUCCUAUGCGGGAACCCUGGUGACAUUGUUUCAAUAAAGAGUAUGGCGGGCCCGAUUCAUGAGGACAUCAUGUUCAUUCUUAUCGAUAUUUACAAUACUGACUAUUAUGUCAACACAACAUCCGCUGAGGGAAUGAAGGACGUACUGGUGAUCACUCUGCCACCAAGGAACUAUGACUAUGGAAACACAACAUACAAUAACACGAUAAACGACUAUGUGGCUGGAUAUCAUGAUGGAGCGCUGCUGUUUGGAAAAGUACUCAGAGAGAGGAAGCUAAGUCAGGGACGCAACAAGGAAUAUGUGCCUCUGAGUGACAACCCAUUUGGAAACGUCUCCUUUUAUGGUAUGGGAGGACACUAUGUGCUUGAUAAGUACGGUGACAGAGAUGUUAACUUCUCUAUAUUUUACACAUCAACCAUCACUGGCGAGUACGAAACCCUGGUAGUGUUCGACACAUCACAAAACAAAACCAUAAUGGUAGCCGAAAAUCCCGCCCUGCCCUGGAAAGGGGGUCUGCCUACUGACGUGCCAAAUUAUUCAGCCCUGAGUACGCAGGAUGUGAUUGUCAUCGUUCUGAGUCUCAGUGUCAUCGUGGUGACAGCCAUCGCUCUCAUCUUCUACAGGCAGAACCGGAAAGAGCGUCUUAUGCAGAAGAAGUGGUCUCAUAUUGACCCACAUCUGAUUGAUCCACUGGAUGAGAAGGAGGUCUCUCUGAAGAUUGAUGAAGAUAAGAGGAAGGACAGCACGUAUUUCAAUCACAGAUGCCGCUAUGACAAAAAGCCUGUGAUCUUGAAAGAGUUGAAGCAAACUGACGGAAACUUCACAGAAGACCAGAAGAUUGAGCUUAACACUCUGCGGUGUAUCGAUUACUACAACCUGACCAAGUUCUACGGCACGGUGAAGUUUGAGUACAGUGUGUACGGGGUGUUUGAGCUCUGUCAGCGCGGCUCCCUCAGGUAUAUUCUGAAUGACAGGAUCUCCUACCCUGAUGAAACCUUCAUGGACAUGGAGUUUAAGAUCUCAGUCAUGUAUGACAUAGCAAAGGGUAUGUCAUAUCUCCACUCCAGUAACAUUCAGGUCCAUGGUCGCCUUAAGUCCACCAACUGUGUAGUUGACAACCGCAUGGUGGUCAAGAUCACAGACUUUGGUUGUCACACCAUCUUAAAUCCUGGCAGAGAUUUGUGGACGGCCCCGGAGCAUCUUCGUAAAGAUGGUGUGUCUCAGAAAGGUGAUGUCUACAGCUAUGCCAUCAUUGCGGAUGAGAUCGUUAGGAGACGGGCCCCGUUCUAUACACAGUGCUGCUCUGAUCCUACAGAGAAGAUAUAUAGAGUGCAGUUUCCCAGUGGGACGAGCGUCUUCAGGCCUGACCUUAACUUUGAGGGUGCAUCAGAGAGGGAGAUCGAGCUAUACACGUUGAUAAAAAAUUGCUGGGAUGAAGAACCAGAACGGAGGCCAGAUUUUAAGAGAAUAGAGUUAUCUCUGGGUAAGAUUUUCAGUAAUCUGCACAACCAGGCCACUGAGACAUACAUGGACAACCUGAUCCGUCGCCUGCAGAUGUACUCCAGGACUCUAGAGCGUCUGGUGGAGGAGAGAACCUCCUUGUACAAAGCUGAGAGGGACAGAGCGGAUCGCCUCAACUUUAUGCUACUUCCUGGCCCAGUGGUGCGUUCGUUGAAGGAGACGGGCAAGGUGAAACCAGAGCUGUUUGAGGAGGUGACCAUCUAUUUUAGUGACAUUGUGGGAUUCACCACCCUCUGCCACUACAGCACCCCCAUGGAGGUGGUCGACAUGCUUAACGACAUCUACAAGAACUUUGACAGCAUCCUUGACCACCAUGACGUCUACAAGGUUGAGACCAUAGGAGAUGCAUACAUGGUUGCAUCAGGUUUGCCAAAACGCAAUGGCGACAGGCAUGCAGUGGACAUCGCCCUCAUGGCCCUGGACAUGUUGGCUUUUGUAGGGACUUUUGAGUUGCUGCACCUGCCUGGCAUCCCUUUGUGGAUCCGUAUUGGUGUGCAUUCAGGGCCGUGUGCAGCAGGAGUAGUGGGGAACAAAAUGCCUCGCUAUUGUCUUUUUGGAGAUACAGUCAACACUGCUUCACGCAUGGAGUCCACAGGCCUGCCUCUGAGGAUUCAUGUCAGUCAGUCCACCAUCAGCAUCCUGCAGAGGACAGACUGCAAGUUUGAGUAUGAAAAAAGAGGAGAGACGUACCUGAAGGGUAAAGGCAAAGAAAUGACAUACUGGUUAACAGGCGCGACUGGGGGGAAAUACAACCUCCCGACACCACCAACAGCGGAGAACUUCCAGCGACUCCAGCAGGACCUGGCGGAGAUGAUUGUGUCUAGUCUGGAGAAGCGUGGAGACGGGAGCGAGCGCUUCAAAAAGACCCUGUCUACCAAAGUCCGCCGGAGGGAGACCAACAGCAGCAUGCAGGGGGACAGCCCACCAGAGUACUUCCACCUGGCUGUCACUGACAACCCCAGUACCUAUCUGUGAUUACAGUAGAGCUCUCCAUACAAUAUCCAAGGAGUAGCCAACGUAGAGGUGCGUCCUAGCCUGUGAGCUGUCUGAAUCAGCACUGCUGUGGACAGCUCUGUUCACUCAGGGGGUGUAGUGACAGUCGAGCAACAGUUGAACAAGCAAGCAUGACACUAGAUGUAAUGAUCAACGUGAAUGCCACAGGGUCUCAGUUCUCUUGUUCACCGUUGAUGUUUCUCCCCCUCAACACCCACCCCUCUGUCACAUUAAAUGUUGUUGUACUCACUAAAAGGAACAAUCCACCCACAGAUACCGUUAUAUGUCAGUCAAGACGUUUGUUGUGGUGAAGGAAGUGCUAUAACUAAGCUCCCUCCUCUUUUAUUGUGUGGGACUAACACAUUUUCCCACAUUUUUUUCAUCAACAUCACUUAGCUGUGUACUGAUUUGACCCGUUAUUCAUGGGAAUAAGAAAGGAACCAAACAUUGAAACUAGCCUAAAGAGUAGCAAACACAUAGGCAACAUUUUAACAAUAUGAAAUGAGACAUCAUUUUCUUAUGAGGCUCACUUUAUGAGAUUAUUAGCUGCUGUCUGCCACCGUGUUUAUUUUAAUACUACUACUUGGAGGACAAAGUCAGGCAUUUUCAAAUUCUCGAAUAAUGACUAGAAAUUGUACCUGGAAAUGUUUUGGGUGGAUCUUUCUUUUAAAAUGUUUAAAAUAAAAAUGGCAUUGGUUUAAAUGACACAUGCCUUUUUGUAAUUUGUAACAUACUCUGUGACCUUUGCCUACUCCUGGGCUGUGGACAAUGAUGUCUCACACAUCACAACCACAUGAGUCCUCCUUUGAGAUCUAUUAGGAAAACCACAUGGUCGGGCUUCUCCAAUAGGCUUCCAAAUAAUGCAAGAUCUUAUUAAAUGUACUCUUCUUACCUUUACUUUGAACAGUUUUCCGUUUAUGUUUAGAUGUUUCCUGCAGAAUUUGUAUUGAUUAAAAAAGUUUGACAAAAUUAUUUACCAUGUAAAUAGCCUUUUCAGCUGCAAAGACAGUGAAACUAUAUCUAAAUACUACUUGUCAUACUAUGGCGGAGAGCUGAGAAUAUUUCUCUUUCACAGCACAACAAUGCUACCUUGUUUUCAGAACAUCAGAAGUAUUUUUGUGAUGAUUUUGGUUUUGUGUUUUAUUAAAUGAUAUUUGAAAUAUGG